AUGAGACUAAAUACUUCACUCCCCCUCACUUCAACAAGCGUUGCAUUUCACAACAACUUUUCACACAAUUCCAAACCUAGCUGUGUUUCACUUGCCCCUGGUGGACACUUAAAUAGAAGCUGUUCUCCCGUCUCUUCUUCUUCCUCCUCUACCACCUCAUCAUCGAUGAAUUCCACUUCGAGUUGCAAUCAGUUGGCAGUUGACUCGCUUUCCACGCCCUCCGCUGAGGUAACUGCAGACAGUCACUGGGCCGGUACUCGAAACUCCGGCACUGCCAGCUCUGCUGCGCUUCGAGCUCCCAUUGCCUCAGUCUUCAAGAAUGCUAUUAGGCCUGGAUUCGUUGACAGGGACAACCGUUUUGGCGUUCGAGCCUGCAUCGCUGGAAAUUGCGAUGUUGUCGAUGUUACAUCUUCCGGUUGCAAUGCCACAAAUCGAGGUAAUUCGAAUCAAGCAAUUUCAAGUCUUCUUUCUCCGAGCUGCGAUGUUGGCCGAUCUGUUGUUCCUCUGCAAAAUCUAUCCACUGGGGGCGUCUACUCCUCUGUCUUUUCCCCAUCAUGCCUGAUGGACAAAGCAGCCGCUUUACUGGAAGCCUCCACCAAACGAAAUUUUCGGCAUCAGAGGUCGUCCAGCCUCAGCUCCUCAUCUUCUAGCUCUUCUUCCUCUUCUUCCUCCUCACUUAGUUCUUCCUCUUCUUCAUCGUCUCAUUCAUCUCAAUCUCUUUCCUUUCCCACUGCAGCCAACGAAGCCUUGGGAACUGUAAUGACCCCCCACAAACUCAAUUUCCCGAUAGCAAUUCAAUCCAGGCCCAAGGAAGAAGCGAUUAGGUAA